GCCGGGAAGGGAAACUCAGAGCUCUCUCUUCUAUCAAAUUCUCCAAGAAGUGAUGGUGGCGUGUUCUGUUGGGGAGCAACACUUUUUAAAAGGCGGGAUUGCUCAGGAACUUCGAACUGAUGGUCGGAAAAGAUUGACUUACCGUCAUACCUACGUUGAAACAGGUGUUAUUUCGCAGGCUAAUGGUUCAGCUAGAGUUAAGAUAGGUGGAACUGAUGUGAUUGCUAGUGUAAAGGCUGAGAUUGGGAGGCCAAGCUCGCUUCAACCAGAUAAAGGAAAGGUUGCUGUUUUUAUUGAUUGCAGCCCAACAGCAGAACCUAUAUUCGGGGGAAGAGGAGGUGAGGAAUUGUCUUCUGAGCUUGCUUUGGCUCUUCAAACAUGUCUUCUAGGUGGCAAAAGCGGAGCUGGCGCUGGGAUAAAUUUAUCUUCGCUUUUGAUCAAAGAAGGAAGAGUCUGCUGGGACCUUUAUAUAGAUGGGCUUGUUAUUAGUUCAGAUGGGAACCUAUUGGAUGCACUAAGUGCUGCCAUUAAGGCUGCUUUAACCAACACCGCUUUACCAAAAGUCCAAGUUUCAGCUGAACUGGCGGAUGAUGAGCAACCAGAGAUUGACAUCAGCGAUGAAGAGUAUCAACAGUUUGACACUUCUAAUGUCCCAGUCAUAGUCACGUUAACUAAAGUGGGAAAGCAUUACAUAGUUGAUGCAACAGAGGAAGAGGAGUCUCAGAUGAGCUCAGCUGUGUCUAUAUCCGUGAACCGGGCAGGACACAUAUGUGGAUUAACCAAAAGAGGUGGGUCUGCUUUGGACCCGAGCGUCAUCCUCGACAUGAUCUCUGUGGCCAAGUAUGUGUCAGAGACUCUUAUGAACAAGCUUGAUUCUAAGAUUUCAGCUGCAGAGGCCUGUGAAGACUAGUCUUAACUCUAUUUUACUGUUAUAGUGAAACACUGUGUUUCUCUUUUGGCUCCAUUGUUUAUGGAUCUUUGUUUAAAGUGGAAAAACAUAACAAGUUACAUGAGAGAGGAUUGUGAUAUAUUUUGGGAGGAGAGAGUGAUAAGUGAGAUGAGGUCAGCAAAGAGAGUUUUGUGGUCCAUGAUUAAGCCCAAAGGUCAAAUUAAAUAGUGUUUAUGUGUGUGUGACCAGUGAUGAUCACGUGUUU